GGCUGGGGCCGGGGCUGCUCCGGCGCUGGGAUCCGCCCUCAGGGGGCAGGGCUUCCUCUCCUUUGUCACUCGCCUCGCAUUCCGCCCAGUCAGUUUCGCAGCGGCCCCGGGGCAAGAGCAGCGUGUGAGCGGACAGCAGUGCGGACCGACAGUUAGACAGGAUGGGUGAGUACGUUGAGAAGAGGGACACCUGCGGGACUAUCUGUCUGAAGUACCUGCUCUUCAUCUUCAACUUCUUCUUCUGGCUGGCGGGGGUGGUGGUGAUGGCUGUUGGCAUCUGGACCCUGGCGGAAAAGAGUGACUACAUCAGCCUGCUGUCCUCCAGCAUCUACGCAGCCACGGCCUGCAUCCUGGUGGUGGCAGGGGCUGUCGUCAUGCUGACCGGGAUCCUCGGCUGCUGUGCCACCUUCAAGGAGAGGAAGAACCUGCUCCAAUGGUACUUUGCAUUGCUGCUGUUCAUCUUCCUGCUGGAGAUCCUGGCUGGCAUCUUGGCGUACAUCUAUUACCAGCAGCUGAGCAAAGAUCUGAAGACCAACCUGAGAGUGACGAUGAUCGAGAAGUACCGGGAGCCUGGACAGGAAAAGAUCACCAAGGCCGUCGACAAACUGCAGCAGGAGUUUCACUGCUGUGGGAGCAACAACUCGCUGGACUGGACCGACAGCAAGUGGGUGAAGAGUUCCAUGUCAGGGGGGCGUGUGGUUCCAGACAGCUGCUGCAAGACCAAGGUCACCGGCUGUGGCAAGAGGGACCACCCCUCCAACAUCUAUAAGGUGGAGGGCGGCUGUAUCACCAAGCUGGAAGGAUUCAUCAUGACCCACCUGAAGAUAAUCGGGGCAGUGGGGAUUGGCAUCGCCUGUGUCCAGAUCUUCGGCAUGAUCUUCACCUGUUGUCUGUACCGCAACCUGAAGGAGGACGCUCCCUAUUAACCCGUGCCUGAAGCCUGCUCCCAGCCCUCCCCCCCACCCUCCCCCCCCCCCCCCCCCCCCCCCCCCCCCCUCACCAGGCUCUGUCGUGGAGGCGCCUCAUUCAGCACCUACCCACCUGCCUCCUCCCCUCACACCCUGCCCCACCUCCCCACCCCUCCAGUCCCACUGCCCCCUCACUCAACCUCCCCCUCCCCUCCCCCCACCGGCCUGCGGUGAACAGUCAUGGCUGUGAUUGGGCCUGGGCCUCGUCCCACCAGCUGCUGCCCCGAGUGGGAUCAGGAUAAUCCGGGAUAAUCCCAGCUCCAUGGGCGUUUUCCCCGGAGCACAUCCUGGGAACAAAGCUACGGAUCCCCUUGGUCUGCCCUUCCCCGCCACAGCCUCCCACCUCCCUCCCGCCCACUGAUCCCCCAGAGCCUCUCCCCAGAUCCACGGCACUCCCAGAGCAGGGGCCUGGGGGAGAGGGGGCCAUGACUCGGGGACUCCACGCCCCGCGGCGCCCGUUUCCGGUGAGGACCUGCCGACAGCGGCAGCCUGGAGAAGCCACCCGGACACCGGCGGGUAGAGGGAUGCCAGCCUCGGUGACGACCGCGGGCCUGUGGAUGGGGGGGUGGGGUGCCGGCAGAGAUGACGUUAACACUGAAUCGGGCUGUGGAGUGCGGUCUCUGCCGUUCCUGCCGGGGGUGUGGGAAGGUGCUGGGGGGGACAGGGAAGGGGACGGGCAGUGUGAGAGCCCUGCUCCUGACCCUCUAACCCUUCUGUAAUAGCACUGCUGUCCGCAGGGAUCUCGGCGUCUCUGGCCUUGUAUUUUUAUAUUUACUGUAGAAAAUAAAACAGGAUCUAACACUA